CCUCGCAUCUGGAUUUUACGCGUCUGUCGGUCCACGCCUACAGGACAGCCCGCUUUCCCCCUCCUCCCAGCUACAGCAGCCUGUACACUCAGUUUUGGGCUUUUCACAGCGGAGACCUGGCCCCUGUUUUCUCCCACCCCUCUUUGAUCUGUCUUAUUUCGUCUCUCUUCCCUUUCUAUGGCCGUCCCGGGGCGUGAUUUGUAUUCAGCAGCGCAAUAGUUAAUGUGUGCCGAAUGCGCCUUCACUCCAGCAGACCGCUACAGUACGAAGAUGGCGUCGGAGGGAGCCAGCGGAGAGCAGCCUCUUCCUCCGGUACAAACACUGGCAGCCGCCGUGCUGGGAAGUGUCGACACGAAAUGUGAGUUCAAUAUGGAUAACUUGAGCAAGCCGGAGCUGCUCACCCUGCUGAGCAUCAUGGAGGGAGAGCUGGAGGCCCGAGACCUGGUCAUAGAAGCUUUAAGGGCUCAGAGAAAGGAGGUGUUUCUGCAGGAGCGCUAUGGCCACUACAGCCUAACAGACCCCUUUCUGGCACUUCAGAGGGACUUUGAGUGCAGGGUCCCUGGUGGGGACAAAGAACGACGGCCGCUGGGGUCCAGCCCAAUCUCAGUCCUUGAGGCCGUCAUGGCGCACUGCAGGAAGAUGCAGGAGCGCAUGUCAGCCCAGCUAGCUGCUGCUGAGAGCCGGCAGAAGAGGCUGGAGAUGGAGAAGCUGCAGCUCCAGAGUCUGGAGCAGGAGCACCGCAAGCUGACGGCGCAGCUAAAGGAUGAGCGCGAGAAGAACAAGCAUAUUGUCAUGAUGCUGGUGCGUGAGUGCAAGCAGCUCGCCACACGAGUGGUGGAGGAGUCGCAGCGCUUUGACGAGCUCCAGGCUCGCCUGGAUGAGGAGAGUCGCACUUCUGGUCAGCUGCAGGAGGAGCUGAGCACCGAGCGCCAGCGGAGCCAACAGAUGGAGGCUAAGAUGGAAAAGCAGCUGUCUGAGUUUGACACGGAGCGCGAGCAGCUGCGUGCCAGGCUGAGCCGAGAGGAGGCCGAGAGCCAGAGCCUGCGGCAGCAGGUGGAGCAGCUCAGAACUGAACAGGGCGAUGGGAAGGAGGCUGCUGCUGGAGUUGCUGGAGGUGCUGGAGCUGAACCCGCUGCUGCCACCAGCACACCACCUAAACCUAAAGCUCUCACGUCCGUUUCCGUAGCCACAGAUCCCAUUAGCUCUCGAACAGCAUCUUGCCAAACAGACCUGCCACCUGUUGAGGUUGAGGGUACUAAGAAGACCCCCCUCACUAUACCUGUCAAACCAACCCCUGCCAACUAUGUGGGCCUGAGCUUGCCAAAGACAGCUGGCCGGGGGAUCGUCCACAGUAGCUCAGGUGGACUGGCACAGACAGAAAAUGGCUCAGAGGGCCAACCCCCUCACGGCUUGCCCACCGGGGUGAGCCCCCGUGUCCAGGCAGCUCGAUACAAGUUUCAGGAACAGGACCAAAAUGGCACGGCAUCCCAGAGUCCUCCUGCCCGGGACCUUUCCCCCACCAACCGUGACAACUUUGCAGCCAAGCAACAAGCACGUCACACUGUCACACAGGUUCUAUCACGCUUCACCAGCCCUCCUGCAGGUGGACCCCUCCGUCCAGGCCUGCCCCACUCUGCCUCAGAGGGGGGCCCUUUUCCCAGCCGCCUGAGUCAUCCUAUUGGCAUCAAGUCCCCUACAGUGACCAGGAUCGACAGGGGGAAUCCUCCCCCCAUACCUCCCAAAAAGCCAGGGCUAUCUCAAACCCCCUCUCCCCCUCACCCACCCAUCAAGGUGAUGGGGGACAGCAGUCGUUCCCCUGGGGCUGGGCUGAAACCAGCCACGCCUCAGCUGCCACCCAAACCCGCACUGGACCUGGUCCCAGCCCUGACAGCCUCUCAGGUGGGUGCCUGCCCCCCGUCCCCGGGGCCUUGCAGUCGCCCCCAGCGGCAGCCAGCAGCAGCAUGUACAGAGUGCCCCCCAGUCAUCAGCCCUGCCACCACUGUCAGUAGCCCCCCCCUCAUAAACCCCUCCUCCACCUCCUCCUCCAUUAGUGCUUCAUCCUUUCGUAGCCCCCGUGCCUCCGCAGGCAGCCCCCUGGCAACAGCAUCAGGCUGGUGUCCCUCCGUAGUCUCCUCUCUAAGCGGCAGUGGGCCUGCUGCCCUGGACAGCGGGCACCCCCUGCUCCUCCAAGCUGCUUCCCAGGGAAAUGUCACUUUAUUGUCAAUGCUGCUUAACCAACCAGACUCAACCAUCAUCACUACCACCACCUCGUCCACCAACACCACCUCUACCACCGACAUCACCACUACCACCACCACCAUGGAGAACAUGCCCGGUCAUCCUGACCAAGACCACACCCAUCACACCCAAACUUCUGCCCUGUUUGCUGCUGCCCAGAACGGACACACAGAGUGCCUGAAGCUGCUGCUGUCUCUGGGAUUGCCUGCUGAUGUUCCCGAUGAAAACAGAUUCACCCCCUUACACUAUGCUGCCGCCCACGGCCACAGCAGCUGUGUGGAGGUGCUGCUGUCUGCAGGAGCUGCUGUGGACUCGGUGGCGGCGGGGGGACAGACGUCCCUCUUUCUGGCCUGCGAGGCAGGACAGCUGGACUGCACCCGGGCCCUGCUGAACGCCGGAGCCGAUCGCUCGCUCACCACCGCUGAUGGCUGCACGGCACUACAUGCUGCCGUGCGCUCAGGACACGUGGACACGCUGCGUCUCCUCCUUUGCCACCCGGCUCGGGGUGACCCCCAUGAUCCACCUCCCCCCCUGGCACUGCCAACUGCUCUACUGAACCAGGCCAACAGGGAUGGCUGGACCACUGCGCACAUGGCUGCAGCUUUGGGCCUCAAGGAGUGUCUGGAGGUGCUGUGCAGCUACAGCGAACAGGACAUUGAGAGGAGGGACAAGUGUAACCGCACCAUUCAUGAUGUGGCGACAGACGACUGUAAAGAUCUGCUUGAAAACCUCCGAAACUUGCACAAACUCAUGAUGGGGUUGCCUGUCGGGGAAAGAGAUUCAUACCGGGUCCUGGUGAGUCUCCAGUGCUCAAGUGGAGCAAAGGGGUCCAUCUGUCCAAUGGAGGCGCUGGAGGAAGAGGAGGCGAAGGGCUUCUCCAGCAGCCAGAUAGUGCUGGGCAGAGUGACGGUCGACCGGUUGACAUGCUGGGCCCAGCUGAGCGUCGCCCUCGGCCACGCCUUCACCUCCCACCUCCAGAUCCUUUGUGGAAAAUCUCAAACAACCGGAGAGGAGGUGCAGCGUCACCCACUAGGCCUCAGUCCCACCAGUAUCGCCUCCGUCCUUAUUGGAGAUACUGAGUGGUUACCUGGUCAGGAGCUGUCUUUAUCCCCCUGGGACCUGGUCAGGAAGCCUUUCGGCCAGUGCAUCACCAUCCGCCUCAAAGGUCUGUCUGAAUCGUGUCUCGAUGAGUUGGCUCUGGAAUCCCUCUUCCCCCUGCCGCUGCUGCACAACUGUGUCCGCCUGGUCGAGCAGUACGGCAACCUAAUCUUCCAUGGGCUGGAGGGCAGCUGUCAGGAGUACAUUGCUAAUCUGGUUGCCCGCUGCAUCAAGUGCAAGCAGGAGGCGGGAGGGAUCAGCUGUGACGUGGUGAGGGUGGUGGUGGAGGAGAGCUUGAGCAAAGAGCAGCUGCUCGAGACUUUCAUCAACUGUGGCUUCCUGGUGCCAGUGGUAGGGUCAGGGUUUGGGGUACCAGCUGGUCACACUGGUCGCUGUGUGGUGGUGCUGUUGGAGGGAUUAGAGAAGGCUUCAUCCCUAACUGGCUUGCUGGGAGAUCUCUGCCAGAGUCUGGACAACAGGAGUUCUGCUUCACCACUGGUCCUGAGCACUGGACCCCACCACUUCCACGAGGACAACUUCCUGAUUGCCACAUUGUCAAGGCCCCGCCUGCAAGGAUCAGAGCUCCGCCUCCAGCAGCAUUUCCGCUGGGUGACUCUGCGUUGGGACCAGGAGCCGCUGCAUGGCCUGCUGGGAAGGCACUUGCGCAGGAAGCUGGUCCACAAGAUGGGGACUGGUGUUUGGUCACCUGAUGGCGUCAUGGAGCAGUCUGUGUCAUGGGUGAGCCAGGUCUGGCAGCAGCUUAAUGCCUGUCUGUCCCGUCUGGGGACCCAUGAGGCUCUGCUGGGCCCACAGCUCUUCCUGUCCUGCCCUGUGAUCCCCAACAACACGCAGGCCAUUGUCAGGUGGCUAGCUCGUCUCUGGAACGCCGUGGUUGUCCCCCGUGUGGAAGAAGCGAUCAUCUCCAGGGUAACAGCUAAGCGCCCUUCCUCCUCCUCUCUCUCUUCUCCACCUUCGCUGCGGCGACCGUCUCCUAGCAACUGUGGACUGAGCACCGGACAGCAGGCUGUUGUGAAAGCCGCCCUCAGCAUCCUGGUCAACAAGGCUGUUCUCCUGGGCUGCCCCCUGCCUCGACACGAAAUCGACCGGUACCUUCUGGAGUUUCAGGGUAGUGCUUUCCCUCUGUCGGCCCUCGGCUCCUAUAAAGGAAGUGGCAGCAGAAGAGGAAGACGGGGACAAGACAGCAGCAAGCUGAGACGAUCCAACACCAGCCCCAGGAAAAAAGGAAGCCCCUCCAUGAACUGGAGCUGUGGUGGAUCCUUCAGAGAGGGGUCUCUGUUAAGCUCUGAUGUCAGCUUUGCUCCCAAUGGCCACAGGCAGCCUGCAGCGCUCCCAGUUUUCUCUGAUGAUGAGACUGAUUUGAUCAGAGAGCUGCAGACCAUGUGCUCCAGCAAGUCAGAGCCUGAUAUUCGCAAGAUCUCUCGGGCCAAAGAGGACUUGAUCCUGUUCUCCAGCUCUGCCACUGAAGAGCUGCCGCAUCGAAAGGAAGGCCAGGAAACCGCAGUCCAGCAGCGACCGCAGAUGACCACCGUCAGUCAGUCCCGCCACGGCCCCGUCCAGGCCCCAGGCCAGAGCAGCGACCGGCGUCCGGGCCCUCGCUGCAAAUCGCAGCUUCCCGUCCCGAGCAGCAGAGGGCAGCAGAGUCGAGCCUCCUCCACUUACAGCAACAACAGCAGCAGCAGCAGCAGUCGGGUUCAGACGCCCCCCAGCCGAAGUAGAACCAACACCAACAGCAGCAGAACGAAGCAGGCUCCCCCCACCAACAGCAGCAACAACAACUACCACAACAACAUAAACGACAACAGUCAGUCACACGAGGACAUCUGGAUCCUCCACAGAGACCUGCAUGAAAGCAACAACAACAAGUAGACAUCUUCCUCCUCCCACCUCCUCAUCCUCCUCCCUCCAUCAUGUAAACACUAGAAACCUGACGACCUUUGACUCUUAGUAUUUGUACUUGUUAUCCGUACUUGUUACACUGUACUACAGUUGUGUACUUGGGGACCAUAGUUUUAUUCUGUUACAGUAUUUAAAUAAUGUGAUCACGCUGGGUUGAAGGAAGACUGAAGGUAAAGCAGCAGGUGUUUUCUGAUGAAUUCCAGUGUUUCAGCCUGCUUAUUGUGGGACAGCGUUCAGAUAAAGUGGAAGAAUUUACUGGAAUGAGAUUUCACAGAUACAGUAUGUCACUGGUGGAAACUGCCUCAAAGCACUCCAAAGUGAAGCGGUGUAAAUCUACUGGUGUGAGGCCACUGAAGAGUGUUUUCGGAUCAAAGAUACAAGCAGGUUUUCAUUUAGGCUUUUCAAUUUUAUUUUAUUUUGUUUUUGCUAUUAAGUAUUUUGAGAUAUUCAAGUGUUUUAUCUGCGAAUAGUUGCAAGGUUGGUUUAAAUACUGUUGAAAUAAUCAGGGUUCUACCAAAUAUAUUUGUAAAUAAGAAUUAGUAAGUUUAAAUGCUCUAUAGAUUGAUGUGUGUGGUUGACACUUUGUACAGUGAUUAAACCUUAAAGCGAAACUGCUGAAAAUAAAGAAAAUUGAAAAAUAAAAGCAAACAAAAAAAACAAACUUGUACAUAAUGUUUGUAAAAUGAGUUUGGUUCUGAACCCUCCACUUGUUUCAGAGUGAAUGGGAUGUGGCAAUAAGUAAUAGAACUGUAGAAACACAGGAUGUUCUCUUUGUCAGCUGUAAGCCAUAAUAAAUAUUUUGAAUCCCCCCCAUAAAAAAAAACACCAUCCUCUGUCUCCUGUUCAGUUGUCCCCAGCUGAACCCGAUGGUGUCAUCUACUCUGUUACUUUAUGAUUUCCAUUAUGACCGUGUAUUAUUUUAUUUUAAGGACUCAUUUGAAGCAGAAAGUGUUUAUACAUGAAUAUAAAUACAUUAUAAAUAUAUCUAUACAUUUGUACAGGAGAGAUUUUAGUCUACCUAUGGUUUUGAUCUGUACGAUAGCUGUUUGAGGUUUAACAAAUUGUCUUUGAAGCACAAAUAUUAAAAUGACACUGUAAGAAAAACGAAGAAAGAA